AAUUAUAAACCUAGUUAUUUUAUUAACGUAGGGAUAUCAUAAUAAAAUUCUAAGCAAUUAAAUUCAUAUGCAUAUAACUUUGGUGCUACAAAUCUAAUUAGAAACUUUUUAUUGGCCCUAAAUUUUUAUUACACACAAAAUGGGACAAGUAAAGGAGUUGCAUUUGUGCAAAAAUCUAAACGACCUGGAGCAGUAUUUCAAAAUUCCUAAUAUAACAAAUAAGUCAAAAAUGAAAAGUCUCAUAGAGUCAGCGCAUAAACUUUUACAAAACGGGAAUAAACAUUACCAGGAGGGGGAUGAAGAAUAUGCCUAUAUAUAUUAUAUGCGAUAUUUUAACUUGCUGAGCACUUUGCGCAAAAUGCCCACCUAUACGGAGUACAAGAUGUCCAUACAAAAAACUCUCGGAGGAAAUACAGCGAACGCAAUAAUAAUGGAUAAAUUGGAAGAAAUGACUAAAUCACUUAGUGAACGUUACGAUCGCUUGAAUGAAAAAAAAAAUGUACCACCACCACUCACCGACGAUGAUAUGAAAUUUUAUAAUAAUUUAAGCGCUUCAGAUAAAUUUAAUGUGGUUAAAGCAUCACCAAGCUAUGAGCAGAUAGGCGAUGCACUUAAAUUGAUAUCAUGUAAACAAUUAUUUCAGCUAAUGCAAACAAAUACUGUACUUAUAAUGGAUUGUCGUUGUGUUGACGAUUACAAGGUAUCACAUCUAAACUAUAAUUUUUCUUUUAAUAUACCAGAAGAAAUAAUAUUACCAGGGUUAUCGGCAGGAAAACUACAAGAUAAAUUGGACAACGAAUCGAAGAAAUUUUGGUCGGCACGUUCUAUAAAAGAUCAAGUAGUACUUAUGGAUUGGAACUGUAGAGAAGCAACUCCAAAUAAAACCAAAUCUAUUGCUGUAUUACAGGAUAUACUGCAAAAUUGGGACCCCGAUUGCAUUUAUCGUUCUCCAAUAAAAAUAGUCGAUGGCGGCUAUGAAUUUUUUAUAAUGAUGUAUCCAACUCUAUGUACAAAUCCUACUGUACAAUCACCACAUCAUAAUCAACAAAAUAAUGAUAUGAUAGAUGAUAUUGAAUAUCCUUCCAUACACGAUAUUACAAUGAAAGACGAUAUGCGUCCAUUUUCACGAAGUCCCUUAAAUUUUAACCAAUAUACCAACUCGGUUGUCUCAACAAAUCAAGAGCGUCCGUUCAUUGAUCGUAGCAGUAAAACAGCAGCGCUAAAAACUUAUAAUGAGAAACAAAAAGCAAUUGUAGAAAUUAUGAAAGAACAUGAUGAACUUGUAGAAAAGGCUCAAGCAAAUGAUGAACAGUUAGAGCAGGCUCAACAAAAAUGGAAUACAGUAACAAAUGUAAACAAAUUAUCAACAGCAGAACAACAACUUUUAUAUAAUAUAUGGCAAUUAGAGAGUGCUGCUGAAGACUAUCGAAUUGAAAAUAACCGACUAAGAGAUGAGCUUGAAAACUACAAACGACUUGAUAGAGAAACAGAAAAGGCACCUGCAAUUGAAAAUGAAAAAAUAGAGGAAGUUACCAAAAAAAUUGAGACCAAAAUACAAGAACGUCAGAAAGUUGAUGAACAACAUGAACGUGAAAAGAAACAGCGUGAAACACAAUUGGCUAUUGCACGGGAAAAUAAAAGACAUAUGAAACCACCGGUUUUAGAAGAUGAAGAGAUGUCACAACCAAAAAUACCCCAGUUUGAUCGUUCGGUCAAGCCAAUAAUCCCCAACAACAUAAUAGAGACAAUACAUGCGGAAAAAAGAAGAGAUUUUUCACCAAUACCUGGUUCAAUGGUAGCUAUUUUUAUGUCACAUUUCUUUUAUUAUAUUUCAAAAAUAGAAAGACUAAAUUUAGUAUAAUCGUAGCUUGUCUGAUAGAUAUAUGUGAAAAUCUGAAAACAAAAAAGUCACAUACUUUUUCAGAUUUCCAGGUCGUACACACGUCAUCCAUGCUACCCGUUCGUUGUUUAUAAAUAAAAAUAUAAAUUCUAACAAACCAGUAAUCAAUAUUUGUUCAGUCAAAGAACGCCAUUUUGGGCUAAAGUAGU